GGCUCAACCUUCGGGCCGCAACACUUGUGGGGCGUUUCAGGGCACGAUUGUAUCACCCGCGCAAACAUUUGACGCCAUCACGCCGCCCACGCACGCCCUCGCACGCCCUCGACUAUGACCAAUCAAAUCGAGAUGCCCUCUGCAGGCAUGCCUACUUCCUCAUCGUACAUCGACUCGUCCGACUUGCUGGACGAAGAGCUCUGGUUGAGCCUCACCGCUGCCACCUCUGCACCGCCAGCUCUGCCUCACAUGGCCAACGCCAAGGGACAGGUCAGUACGGCACCGCUGGAAGGCUUGGACGCCUGGAUGACUUUCUCACCGCAGGCGACGACUGACAUGGCUUGGCAUGGAGCCGUAACCGAGGCCCCAAUCACCUCGCCCGCCUUGACCUCUGUGGGGACUGACGCAGCUAGCGUGGCGAGCACCUCCUCCCUCAGCGAAGCGUACAAGCAAACAGCUCCUCGUGGCGUAGCACCUGCCACAGCUCGACCAGACAGCGAGACCGGACGCAGUCGCAGCAGAGUGCGCACCGUCGCUGGCUCGCGUGGUAAUCGAUCAACCUCCUCAACCAGCCGCACCGCUCUGAGUCCCGUGCGCGAUGGCGUGGCUACCGACGAAGCGGGCGGAGUGGGCAAGACGUCUCGCGCUCGUAGCCGGCCAGCCCGUCGCGCCUCGAUUGGCCCUGCCGCAGCUGCUAUGAUGCGCGUCCCGGCCUCUGCGCCAGGAAGCAAGCAGUCGGCGUCUUUGCGUCUCGACACGGCUGGGGCCACAGAUGCCGGCGUGGGAACAGGACCACAGACUGUGCCGGGCAUUGCCAUCCCCGCUAGUAUGCCGUUUGGCUCCAUGUUCCCUCACCAGCAUCCCUUCGCUCCUGGCUCGCCGCCGGUCAAUGGGCCGGCUCUAUGGCCUGGCCCGGGUUCGUGGCCUGGACCAGGAGACGCGAUGCCUGCGCCGUGGCCUAUGGUGGCCCAGCACUUACCCAACUGUGGUAGUCCCUAUGGCCAGCCGGGUAGCGCUUGGCCUGGAGCUCACCCUCCCUUGAUCUCACCAGGGAUCGCCCCUCCCAGCCACCCAUCUCAAGCCAUGCAGGGCGUGUUCGACGGCAUGAGUGGUCUGCACAUGCACCACUCUCCUCCCAUCGCAGACUCGACGGGCGUCGUCACGGCUGAGCAGCAGGGCGCCAUGUCUCCCAGCACAAGCAGCAGCAGCACUCGCUCGCCCCCAUCCCCCAAGGGCGGUCAACUUCACCUUGGCAGGCGCAACUCCAAGUCAGCCUCUCACGGUGGCGGUGGUCGCAUGCUUGAGGACGUGCCUGAGAAUCGGGCCGCCCCUGGUUUCCAUGACGGCGUGAUCGAGGACGAGCCGGACGAAGACGACGAAGCAGUGGACGACGUGAGCAUGGCUAUUCUCUCAUCUACACAGCGCACCGGACGUGACUCUUCCUCCACGUCGAGCGCAGCACGAGCGCGCAGUCGCUCCUCCGACACUCGUGCACCCACGACCACAUCCGAGCGCCGUGCACGCCGUCGCGAGUCGCACAACCUCGUCGAGCGUCGACGCCGUGACACGAUCAACGAGCGCAUUGCGGAGCUCGCCUCGCUCCUUCCUGAGGCCAUGCUACUCGAUGCAAUUGCCAAUUCGCAGUCGGGCGGCAACGCCAGUAAAGUCGUCAAGCUACCCAUGCCUGCGAGCGCCAUUCCUUCGAAGAAGGGUGAUGAAGGCGGUCUCCUCAACGUGGACGACCUCGCAUCUGCUCCCGCCGACAGCGAGACGCUCGCAGCUGCUCAAGCUCGUCCGAAUAAGAGCAUCAUCCUGCGGAAGUCGGUCGACUAUAUCCGCGCGCUGCAAGACUUUAUCGAGCAUCAGAGGCGACAGAAUGCGGACCUGUUGAGGCAGAGGGACGAGCUCAUGGGUGUCAUGAUGGCAAGCGCGGGGCAGCCGCAGCAGCAACCCUCGCAUCGCGACUCGGAGAAGCGACUCUGGCCUGACCCUACGCCGAGCAUGCCGAGCAUGUACGCCACGGCUUCCUCCCACCACGGUCAGGACGGCGGUAGCUUCACUACUUCUUCAAGCCAGCAACACUCCCGCCCCUCUCUCGGCGCUUGGCUUGCCACUCAUCCAGAGGAGCGCCCCCGCUACUCCGGCGUUCCCGCCUCGGUACCCGCUACCAGUGCACCAGCCGAGAACAAGCAGCUGAACAGCGGCGAUUCUUCGGACUCGUGGGCUUCGUCAUCCCAGUCGCCACGCGAUGCCGCGGCUUCAUCGGGAUCUUUGCUGGCUUCGCAGGCAUCCGUGAGCUCCAUGUCUCCGAGCGCCGCGCUCGGAGACAUCGUCCCUACGGCAGGAGAGGCAGCGGCUGUCAUCAAGCUUGAGGGCGACAGUGAGCAGGGGCAGGGCAGGGCGAGUGAGGGGCAUCUUGAAGUGGCAGCUCAAGCGUGAUCCGCGCCACUCGAGCAGGUCGAACACACCACAUUCACAUCAUCAUCCUCAUUCAAGCUUGCUCUCAUUAGCCCAUCCGUGACAAUGUAUUCGCAGGCAGCCGCGCAGGCAGGCAGGCAGACACGAAUGCAUGAUACCAUUCCCACUCG